CAGACUCCUUUAGAGAACAUUGAGUAGGGUGGUGCGCAGGUUAAGCUGCAAUGCAGAUGCAGACAUCACUGCUUAUCCUUCACCCUCCCCACAACCCCACCACCACCAUCACUACCUGUACUACUUCAAAGCUUCUCUCGCUUACUUUCGCUUGAUUUGUAGGGUUUUUUUCUGAUUUUGAUGGGAGGUGUUAUUGAUCUCAACACCGUCACCGACGAUGAUGACGAUGCUUCGGCGGUGGUCGAGUGUGGACCUGCUUCGCUUUCGUCGCCGUCGUCUUCGUCGGCGUCGGUUUCGGCUUCGGCUUCCCCAGCGUCCGCUUCACUGUGCUCGUCGUCUUCGUUGCCGUCGGCGGCGGGGGGUGCGGUGUGUUUGGAGCUCUGGCAUGCUUGUGCGGGGCCGCUUAUAUCGUUGCCGAAGAAAGGGAGUGUUGUCGUGUACCUGCCGCAGGGGCACCUGGAGCAUAUUUCGGAAUUCCCGACUACGGUUUUUGAUCUUCCGCCUCAUGUCUUUUGCCGGGUCGUCGACGUCAAGCUUCACGCGGAAAUGGCCACCGACGAAGUUUACGCACAGGUCUCUCUGGUUCCGGAAAUUGAGAUUGAGCAGAAAUUACGCAGAGGAGGCAUGGAAGCUGAUGACGAAGAAGAGGAAAUUGAAGUUGCGGCCAAACCGACAACGCCUCACAUGUUCUGUAAGACCCUGACGGCUUCUGAUACGAGUACUCAUGGAGGCUUCUCUGUUCCUCGACGAGCUGCUGAAGACUGCUUUCCGCCUCUGGACUAUAAGCAACAGAGACCUUCCCAGGAGCUUAUAGCGAAAGAUUUACAUGGUGUUGAGUGGAAGUUUCGCCACAUAUACAGGGGUCAGCCACGGAGGCAUUUGCUCACAACUGGAUGGAGCGCAUUUGUCAAUAGGAAGAAACUCGUCUCUGGGGAUGCUGUGCUCUUUCUUAGGGGUGACAAUGGGGAAUUGAGAUUGGGAAUCCGGAGGGCUGCUCAAGUUAAAGGGAGCAUUCCUUUUCCAGUUCUCUGUAGCCAGAACAUGAAUGGUGGCACUCUAGUAGCUGUGGCUAAUGCUGUAUCCUCAAAGAGUGUCUUCCACGUUUACUAUAAUCCGAGGGCAACCCAGUCUGAGUUUAUAAUUCCUCUCUGCAAAUUCCUCAAGAGCUUCGAUCAGCCAUUCUCUGUUGGAAUGAAGUUCAAAAUGAGGUUUGAAACUGAAGAUGCAGCAGAGAGAAGAUACACUGGGUUGAUAGCUGGGAUUAGUGAUAUAGAUCCUGUUAGGUGGCCUGGUUCAAAAUGGAGAUCCCUAUUGGUGAGGUGGGACAAUGUUGUUGAGACAAAUCGACACAAUCGAGUUUCUCCGUGGGAGAUUGAGCCAUCUGGCUCAGUUUCAGCUUCAAGCAGUUUGUCUGCACCUGGUUCAAAGAGAACCAGGAUGACUCUGCCUUCAGCCAUGCCAGAUUUUCCAGUCCCUAAUGGGACAGGAUUUUCAGACUUUGGGGAAUCUUUAAGGUUCCAGAAGGUCUUGCAAGGUCAAGAAAUUUUCGGUUUCACUACUCCUUCUGAUGGUCUUGAUGUACAGAAUCAUCAUCCAUCGGAAUCAAGGAGAUGCUUUCCUGGUUCAAACAGUUCAGGGAUGGCUGCUAUAGGGAGUGGCAUAAGAGUCCCACAUGGAAAUUCAGAUAUUCCAUUUAUAGGCAUAGGCUUUGGUGAAUCUAUUGGAUUCCAUAAGGUCUUGCAAGGUCAAGAAAUAUUUCCAAAACCACCAUAUGGAAGAGCCAGUCUAGGUCAUGGAAGUGGUGGGUUUGGAAGCGAUGGGGUUCACAUAUCAAGUUCUGGAAGUGGGUGGACUUCACUUAUCCAAGGCUUCAGUAAUCAUGUCCAACCAUCCACAUCGUCUGUGCAAGUUUCUUCUCCAUCUUCUGUUCUGAUGUUCCAACAGGCAAGCAUUCAAAACUCUCACACUGCAUAUGGCUUCAACAAUCAGAAAGGGGAGGAGGGUAACUACUGUAGAUUGUUUGAUGGUUCUCAAACAUCAGGUUGGAAAGUAACAUCACCCUCAUGUCAUCAUACCAUGGAAGGACUGGGAGGCAAGUCUUCAAUAGAUAAAUUUCAAGAAAAUAAUCAAUUGAACACCACCAAGUAUGUUUCUGCUGCAACAAGCCAGACAGCAUUAAAGGGUAAUCAAGAGUUGCUUCCUGCCAGUAGAAGUGGUUGCAGACUCUUUGGUUUUUUGUUGAAUGAGGAAUCUCAAGCAGCAAAUGAAGAGGAUGUUGACACUCUAAUAACAUCUCAUUCAACUAAGAACUUGAAUCUUGAGCCCACUUUUGUGCAUUCUGCAGAAAAGCAGUCACAUUUGAAGUCCCCUACAUUGAGCAAAUCUGUGGGGAAGGGUUGCACAAAAGUAAACCUUCUGAGUGCUAUAAGAGCUAUGCCAUUUGAUGUUGCAAUGAACUAUACUUCGCUAUGAGAUUUAAACUGCAGGUUCACAAGCGAAGGAGUAUUGUAGGCCAGGCAGUUGAUCUUACAAAGCUUGUUUUGUAUAAUUUGAUUUGUGAGUUGGAGUGUAUUUAUAUGGAACAGAUUUUGGAUGAUCCCAAGAAAGGAUGGCAAGUUAUUUAUACGGGUGAUAAUGACAAUGUGGGGAAAAAGCUGGUUAGAGAUCGUCCAUGGUGGUAAGUGGCAUCGAUUUUCUGUUAUUAUUAAAAUGGUCAUGAGAAAGAGCUACCUAUUGGAGCUGUAUAUUCCUGUUAUCUUCCACUACAGCAAUGCUAUGCUGGGAAAGUGCUUCCGGUGUCAUCUGCAUGCGAAGUUAUAUUCUGUUGUCUACUUUUAAACUAUUAUAUAGGUCUGCUUAUGUGGUGGAAAAAGCUCUGAAGAAAACUUGUAUAUCUGAGAUAUCCAGUUGGGCAAUUGGAGAUCCUGUUAAAUUUCGUUAAUUCUCUUACCAGGGCUGGAUUAUGUUCUCUUAGUGGCACAAGUAGGAUUUGCCUUCCACGUUAUUACACAGAAUGAUUUUGUUCUCCGUUAAAUAUUCUGCAUGGUAUGUCUUAAAUCUUGUCAUUCUUUUUUCUUUUC